AUUUUGUGCAUGUAAAAUGAAUUUCAUAUUCAAUGAAUGAAAGUACUGAAAUUUUUCCAUAAAAUUAUAAUAUUUCAGUUUAUUUGAAUGUUAUGUUGACAUUUUUUAUUUCAGAAAUGGUGAAAAUUUUAACAUUGCAUCCUUGGUGAAAUCUAAAAAAAAUAGAAACAUGGGGUCAGGAUCAUCAAAAAAGAGCACCCCAACCAUCCUGAGGGGUUACCGGUCUGAGCCAGAAAAUAAGGAAAUUCCAUUCCAGGAAAACAAGAGGGCAAAAGAUGCUAAAGAUACUGUAGAGAUGGAAGAAACAUCUGACGAAGAUACAGUGUUGGUGAACAUUAAGAAAGAUGAUACAAAACAAGACAAUAGUGAACAAAAAAUGUCGCUUAUUGGCAGUGAAGAAGACAGUAAAGAUUUUGUGAAAACUGUAGAUGGCACAGGAAGUGGUGGUUGGCCAGUUCGUUGCUUUGCCAAGCUAGACUUUAAUAUCAAUGGUUACCAUGGAGGCUGUGCUGGUCUGCUCUUAAUAUCUACUUCAUAUGGAGGAAAAGGUGAAGAAACCAAUGUCGAGGCUAUGCUGCUACGUAGUGGGUUUGAUUGUAAUCAUCGCCAGCAUAAAUCUGUUUUUCGUGCUCAUGAAGGUCAUUUUUCUGCAGAAAAUUAUUUAGUUGAAGACGAGCAAGGUACACUUAUUGGUGAUUGCAAUUUUGGUACAAACCACCUCCGUCUGCUGACAAAUGACAGUUGUUAUGGUAAUUUAAGAAAUGGAAUGUUUACAAAAGGGAAUGAUGAUGGAAAUCCUACAGUUUUGCCCCUCAAUGUAAAUGGAAAUUGGAAUGCUGAGGCAGGGAAUGGGAGUGGUCUAACAAUGGUCUUAUGUAGUGGAGCAGAAGGCAGUGAAGCACCUGCUGCAGUCUAUAUGAUUAAGUCAGGAUUUAAAGACAACAAAUUUAUGUCCAAGCUUUUUGCUGGUGAAGAUAAGUUUCAGUUCAGUUUAGAGGGUGAAAAUCUUGCAGUUACAGGUCCCAAAGGAAGUAGAUAUGGCCUAUUUCAUAACAGAAACAACCUGAGUGAGGCAGCUGAAGAGUCUCAUGUGUUUGUUGCACAGACACAGACAAUUGAUGGAAAAGUCUCCACAGUUCUUCUUGAAAAAGUUCAAGGUCAUGCUGCAAUGAUUAUCCUCUGUUCAAAUAGCAAUGGAAUGGAAGAUUCAACUGUUGCAAGUAUGUAUUUUAUCACUCUCACAGAUGGAAAGUUGACUACUGCUAAAGAGCUUGCUGGUGCCCAUGGUAAAAGUUACAAGAAUUCUGAUUUGUGGACAUUUGAGAUCAAAAAAGGUCGCUUAGAGGUCAUAGGUCCAGAUGGCCCCUGUAAAUAUGGUCUCAUGUCAAAUAUUCAUACUACUAAAAGAGAAUUAUUGUUGUCAGUUAAACAAGGUUCAUGUAUAGCAACAGGGGAGGAUACAAAGAUGAUAGGAAAGGUCAAGGUCACUAAAGCUGGAGUCACUGGAGAGGUCAAUAAAUUUUUAGAUAUACAUAUCAUGUGGAAUCACAAGGUUAUCACAGAAAUCCCUGGAACAAAGCUAAAGAAGGAAGAUGGCAUCUACAAGUUCAAAUAUGAUUGGUCAGAAAAUGAAACAGUAAUUGGACAUCAUAUGGUCAGAGUGUUUGCUUCCAGGAAACAUUUAAAAACUGGAGAGGAUGUGUACAUAGAACUGACUGGUUCCCCACAUCAAUUAAUAUUCCAGAAACCAGGUGUUGUUUAUGCCUUGAAUUGUGGGAGUCAAGCAUAUCAGGCUGUAAAUGACAUAGUCUACAGUAGUGAGUUUUCACAGUAUGCCAGCUAUGAUCCAGAGUUUUGCAGAGGUAACCAGUUCAAAAGUUUAGGAGCGUGCAAGACAAAUGCUGAUCUUCCCAAUGCUAUGUUGAAAACACUGGAUGGAUUCCUGUACACGACCAGUAGAAAUGGACAUGGACAUGGAGAUGAGGGUCAGAUGGUUCGUUACGAGCUUACAGACAUUCCGAAUGGAUCAUACAUAUUUCGAAUUCAUUCCAAUAAUCCUUUCGAAAACUUGGUUUGUAAUGGGAAGGAUGUUAGUGCAAUCACUAGAGAGCAUGUUGCCAAGCAGAAAAGUGCAUUAGAUAUUCCGCAGUUUGUAGGUUUUACAGUGGACAUUGAUGUGGAGGUUAGAGAUGGAAUAUUUCAGUUCCAUACAAGAGCAUUAGACACUACCUUCAGACAUUCAGAGAAAGUGGGUGCUUUUGCACUUCUGGAUAAGAAAAAGUACAAAGAGAAAAGCAUCUCUGUGGCACAGAAGAAGGAAGAAAUUCAGGAGAAACAGAAGCUUGCAGAUACAGUUGCACCACUAAACAACUCUGUGACAAGGAAGGCACUGACUAUUGUUGGAUGGUCACCUAAUCUUCUACAGAAUGCAAGUGCCGGGCUUGGUGAUAUGAAACAUUGGAAUACAAGAGGAGAUUUCAAGAUAGGCACAGGUGGAUACAACACAGAAAGGUGUAUUGAGACCUCGCAUUCAUGGUGUGAGAAAUACCAGGAAGUAAAUUUGACGGAUCAUUUCUCUGCAGAAUACCUUGAUACUGCUCCUGACAUACAGGUUGUGGAAUGGUAUACACAGGGAGGCUGCGGAGGAGGGUUCUAUUCCAUGACAGUUAAACUUCUAACAGAAAGUGGAGAGACAGUAUCAGAGUUCAGCACUGGUCAAAUUGGGUCUGUGUAUAAUGCAAAAUGGUUAGAGGCAUCACAUGUGUUUACAAACUAUGGACCAGGUGUCAGGCUUGUUGGAUUCUCUUCAAAAGGAAAAGAUGAUAAAUUCUGGGCAGGACAUUUUGGAAUAAAGAUGUCAGGAGCGGAAGUUAGAGUAAAACGGGAAACUAAACCUGCAGCUGAUGAUGAAUAUUGCGAUCUUGAUAUUAAGGACACAGACACAGUGAAGAAAAGCCUGCUUGACAAGUUGGUGAUGCAGGUUCUCUCAGACAAUCAGGAAUUGUUGAAAGACUUUGUAGAGGAAGAAAGUAUUCCAGUUGACAAGGCCUUUGAGAAGCAAACAGAAAUUGUACAUGAUUCAGCUGCUCCAAAAGUGUCAAAAAAGCGUAUUCAGCGAAAGAAGAGAGAAAUUCGAGUGUUUGUUUCAAGCACUUUUCGGGACUUUUCUAAUGAGAGAGAGGAGAUUAUAAAGAAAGCCUUUAGAGAGAUCAACAGACUUUGUUCUGAUAGAGGUGUUUUUUUCACGUAUGUGGAUUUGAGGUGGGGUAUCACAUCUGAACAGACAGAUGAUGGUAAAACUAUUGCAAUAUGUUUGCAGGAGAUUGACAGAUGUCGACCAUAUUUUAUCUGCCUGAUGGGAGAUAGGUUUGGCUGGUCACAAAAAUCUGACAAGAAAGAUGAAGUUUUGGAUAUGACCUACAACUACGCUAUUGAAAAUCAUCCUGGCUUGACUUGGAUUGAGAAAUAUAGAUAUGAUACCAGUGUAACAACAUUAGAGGUUUUCCAUGGUGCAUUGAACAACCCGUCUGAAACUAACAACAAGUGUUUGUUCUACAUGAGAGACCCUGUGAAGAAGGAGGACUACGCAGAAGAUCAGUACAAGAGAAUGAUAUCUGAGUCUGACUGGCACCAUGAGCGGCAGGAAUGGCUGAAAUCUGAAGUGUUGAAACAUAAAGAAAUCAAAGUGACAAGAUUUAAAACUGCAAGUGAGGUUGCAGAACUCAUUAAAAAGGAUUUAAAGCGAUGUGUUGAUGAAGAUUUUCCAGUUGGUACGGAGCUCACAAAACUUGAGCAACAAAGGGAAGCCCACAAUGCAUUUGCGGAGAAGAGAUGUCGUGUUUACAUUGGACGUGAGGAUUAUUUCAGGACAGUUGAUGAAAAAAGAAGCAAGAAAAUAAAUCAGCCUUUCGUACUUCUUGGAGAAUCAGGAUCUGGAAAAUCGGCCUUUGUUGCUAACUGGGCUAAACGAGUAGAAGAUGGGGAACCAGACACAUUCAUGUUUGUUCAUUUUAUUGGAAGUUCAGCAGACAGUGCCAGUUAUAUCAAACUUCUGAGACGUUUGUUAGAGGAAAUGAAGACACACUAUGGGUUUGACAUGGUGAUUCCAUCUUCAGAUUCCCAUCUUAUAAAUGAAGUUAGCAAGUGGUUGAGGAUGGCAGGGUCAAGGUCAAAGGUCGUUCUUGUGUUUGAUGCCCUAAAUCAGCUUGAUGAUGGCUCUGGACAGGAUGGACCUGAGCAUGACUUGUUGUGGGUACCUGCUGAGCUGCCACCCAGUGUGUUCCUGCUUCUGUCAACACUUCCAGGAAGGGCAAUGAAUGCAUGUAAAGAUCACGGCUGGCCCAGUAUGAAGGUUGAGCCUCUUGAUGACUCUCAGAAGGCUCUAAUCAUCACUGACUACCUGGAAGGGAUAUAUGGCAAAACGUUGAACCAGGACCAGAAAGAUAUGAUUGUCAGUGCCAAGCAGACGUCAAAUGCCUUGUACCUGAAGUCACUUCUAGAUGAGGUUCGUAUGUAUGGCUCAUUCCGCACAUUGACAGACAAGAUAAGAGAGUAUCUGACAGCAAACAGCCCUGAUGAUUUGUUUGCCAAGAUCCUUGAGAGACUCGAACAAGACUUUGAACAGGGAAGCAACUCAAGUAGUGUAAUUGAUGUGUUAAAUUUCACCUGUAACGAGUAUCCUAUCACCCUAUCACGACCGGACCUGGUACGAGAUGCUACCACUGCCUUGUGGUGUUCUAAUCGUGGCAUGUCAGAAGCUGAAUUAACUGAAUUCCUUGAUGUGAAAAGUGCAGUGUGGUCACCAUUCUAUCUCUCCUUAUAUGAGAACCUGGUGAACCGUGAUGGUAUUCUCAAUUUCUUCCAUGACCAUUUGAGGCAAGCCGUUGAGAAGAAAUACCUCAGUACAAAAGAAGAAAAGAAAAAAUUUUACCUGAAACUUGCUGACUUCUUUGAAAUGAGGGAACUUAGUGCCAGAAAGGUUGAAGAGUUACCGUUUUUGUUGAUGAGAGCUGGGGAGUUAGAUCGACUGAAGGCUACAGUCAGUGACCUGGACGUGUUCUUCAAGAUGUCUGAUAAUGAAGAUGGCAUCUUUGAAUUGGUUAAAGCCUGGAAAACUAUUGGUGACUUCAGCCUGUCAGAGGAGGCAUACAUGCAGAAACUGGCAGCAGUAACUAAACAGGAGAUACAACAAAACUCAGAUCACUACUGCAAGCUUUACAGUCAACUUGGCAAUUUCUUCCAAACUCUGGGUCUAAUGGAAGCUGCUAAGAACAUCUACCUAACACUGAUCAAGCAGCUUGAAAUGAAUUAUGGGAUAUCUCAUGGUUGUAUUGUGUACAGUGCCCACAACCAUAGCUGGGUUUACAGGUGUCAGUGUUAUACUGUCAUCAAGUCUUUACAAGAACUAGGAGCCGUGUACUAUAAGAUGGGAGAAUAUGAGAAGGCUGUGGACAUAUACACUGAUGCUAUAAAUAGACAGACAAGGCUAGAAUCACCUACACAAAAAUUACAGCUGUGCGAGGGACUGUUGGGGAUGGCAUCUGUUUAUAUAGAACAGGAAAAAAUGGCAAAGGCCAAAUAUUUAAUGACAAGAGCCCUGGAACUUUCCACAGAUAUUCUUGGAAGAAAACAUCACUUUGUGGCUGCAAUCUUCACAAAGCUUGGACAACUGUCAUACAAGCAAGGCCGUAUUGAUGAAGCCCUUGCAUUUUUUAUGCAAGAUUUAAAGGUGACAAGGAGUGAGGUGGGUACAAACCAUCCCCGUAUGGCAACAGUACUUAACGAGAUUGCCCUUGUAUAUGAUGAUAGGAAUGAUGUUAUUGCUGGGAAACUGUACGAAGCAGCUUUAGCAAUUGUACUGGAAACAUACGGCAGACAUUACCUCGGGACAGCCAUUAUCAGAUACAACCUGGGAGCUUUUUACUUUGGAACCAACUAUUUUGCCAAAGCCAGGUACCAGUUUGAGGAAGCGUAUAAAGUUCUGCAGAGUUUCCUAGGAGAUGAUCAUCCCGAUACAUUGGCCGCCAAACAAGCAAAAGAUUCAGUGUCAACUUAGAAUUUGAAACAGCAUCUACAUCUGUAACUGUGUGUUUUACUAAUGGAACAUUAUAACUUAUCAUGAAAUUUGAAAAUUUACUAAAUGGAUAAACUAACUUUAAAGGUUUUAAGAAAAUUGUUGCUCAUAGGUUGAUAAUACAAGCAAAGAUGGCUUGUCAGCAUUUUAAGUUGUGAAAAUGUGUUUUGGAAUACACUUGUGGGGUGGGGGGGGGGGGCUUUUUGUCAUAUUUAUUCUUUUUUGUUCGUGUUUAUGUCGAUGUUUUUGCAGCUUUUGCUGUUACUCUUUACCAAAGCUUUGUAUCUUUUACAGAAAGUUGUUUUUUGUAAACAUUGUCAUCAGUUUUAGACACUGUGAUAUAUUUACAUAAAACAAAAAACAUGAACAAAAUGGCAUCAUUAAAAAAAUUCAUUCAAAAGUGGACACUUAAAUUUCCAAAAGAACAUUCAUUAUACCUAAAACUAAUUAUUCUGACAGUAAAGGUCAUCGCGAUUGAUGGAUUUGCAUGAUGUCCCAGUGUGGUUUGUACUCGCGAUGACCUUUACUGUCAGAAUAAUUAGUUUUAGGUAUAAUUAAUGUUCUUUUGGAAAUUGUACCCAUUUAGAUGCACACAAAAAAGCAUUUAAAUUUUAGAUAUAUUAUAUUAAGGUUGUGGGAAUUAUAGCAAUUAUUGUAGGUUAUAUGAAAACAACAAAGCAUCAGGAAAGGGUCAUUAAGACAUUUUCUCUCCUGCAUUUUUAUGCAUUUAUUCAAAUAGUUACAUUUAUUCAAAUUGAAACAGUUUUUGUAUAUUUUGAAAGGCAGCUUGAAGGAACCACCACUUUGUAUCAGUAUAGUCAGAGUAGAAAGUUUUGAGAGGAAAAGGAUCCAGUUCACAAAAAGUUUCAGUUUAGUGUGAUUGCAGUCACUAAAGGUCUUCCUGUCUAUGGUAUACAAAAAUGUGGAUGAUAUUUUAUAUAAAAAUGUUGUGAUACCUAAUAUAUAAAAAUGUGGAUAUAUAUGAAAUAUAAUAAUGUUGCUGGUUAUGAUAUACAAAAAUGUGGAUGUAUAUGAUAUAUAAAAAUGUUGCUGUACCCGAUAUAUAAAAAUGUUGUUGUGUUUGUAUAUUUUUAAUUUUUUGAAAUCCAUCUGUAGUUUAAAUCCUUUCAAAAUACUCACUUGUUUAUAUUGAUAAUGUACCUGUGAUCUAUAUAAUGUUCAUUUUAUUUACGUUAUAGAUAUUUAAAUGAAAAGUCAACCAAAUUUUUUUGUCUAUUGUACUUGCACAUUUGAUACAGAUUUAGAAGAAAACUCAUUUAUAUGCAAGAAUUCUCAACUAUACAUAAUUUGAUCAUUUUUUAUAUUUCCUAACUUGCAGAUAUAUUGUGUAUUUAAAAUAUUUUUGGUAGUGUCUUCAUGUAGUUGUAACUAUGGUCUUCAUCCUCAUUUUUUUUAGCUCACCUGAACAUGAGAUUCAGGGUGAGCUAUUAGUAUAGGUGGAUGGUUCAUCAUCUGGUAUGUAGCAUUCUGACAAUGUCUUCUUUAUGCUUUGUUCAAAUGGUUCUGCUGGACACCUUUUAAAGAACGCUAGAUCUAAACAAAUGAAAAUAAGAUACCUUUAAACAACUUCUUCUCACAAACCACUUGAAGGAUCUUUGUCAAACUUGGUCUGUAGCAUUAUUAUAGGACCCUCUCCAAAAUUAUUCAAAUGAGGACACUAGGCCCCUAGAGCUGAAAAUCGAAAUACCUUCGAAUGACAUAUUUUAUGAACCCCUUGAUGGAUCUUCAUCAAACUCUGUCUGUAGCAUUAUUAGGUCCUAUCCAAUUUUUAGCUCGACCAUUCGAAGAAUAGUCUAGCUAGCUAUUCUACUCACACUGGUGUUGGCGUCACACCUUGGUUAAAGUUUUACAUGCAGGUACAUAUUAUGGCUAUCAUUUAAAGGCAUAUAGCUUUGAAACUUAUUUUUUCUUUUUCUAGGUCAAGUACCAACCUAACUGGGUCAAGUCCCAUAACUCUGUCAUGUAUUUUGGCCAAAUUAUGCCCCCUUUUGGACUUGGAAAAUUCUGUUUAAAGUUUUACAUGCAAGUUUCUAUCUCCAAAACUAAUGCAGAUAUUGAAUUGAAACUUCACAUAUGUCUUAGGGUUAUGAAACUAGGUGAUAGCAUCAAGUCCUAUAACUCUGACAUGCAAUUUUGCCAAAUUAUGCCCCCUUUUGGACUUAGAAAAUUCUGGUUAAAGUUUUGCAUGCAAGUACAUAUGGCUAUCAUUUAAAAGCAUAUAGCUUUGAAACUUAUUUUUUUCUUUUUCUAAAUCAGUUACCUCCAUGGGUCAAAUCCCAUAACUCUGACAUGCAUUUUGGGCAAAUUAUGCCCCCUUUUGGAUUUACAAAAUUCUGUUUAAAGUUUUGCAUGCAAGUUACUGUCACCAAAACUAAUGCAGAUAUUGAAAUGAAACUUCACAUGUGUCUUCAGGGUUAUAAAACUAGUUGAUAGCAUCAAGUCCUAUAACUCUUGACAUGAAUUUUGGCCAAAUUUUGCCCCCUUUUUGACUUAGAAAAUCCUGGUUAAAGUUUUGCGUGCAAGUACGAUUUAAAACUUAUUGUUUCUUUUUCUGGAUCAAUUACCAACCUCACUGGGUCAAGUCUCAUAACUCUGACAUGUAUUUUGGGCAAAUUAUGCCCCCUUUUGGACUUAGAAAAUUCUGGUUAAAGUUUUGUGUGCAAGUUACCAUCUGCAAAACGAAUGCAGAUAUUAAAUUGAAACAUCACAUGUGUCUUCGGGGUUUUAAAACGAGUUGAUUGCAUCAAGUCCCAUAACUCUGACAUGUAUUUGGGUAAAUUAUGCCCCCUUUUGGACUUAGAAAUGUUCUGGUUAAAGUUUUGGUUGAAACUCUAUUGAUAUUUUAACAUUAGAUUAAUAUUCCUGCUUUUGUGUCAACAAUUCGAAUAGUCGAGCACUGGCUGUCUUUCGGACAGCUGUUGUUGUUCUAGCAGUGGCUUUUAACCCCUGUUUUGAGCCACUAUAGUAUAUACAAAAUAAAGUUGCUUCAGUUCAUGAUUCAGUGUGUCAUACAUAUAUUGAAUGUGAAUUAGAAAGGUCAGAUGAGCAAGUUAGGGCCACCAUAACCCUCUUUGUUUUUAGUAUUUCCUUAGUGUUAUUUAUAGAUUAACCAAAAGUUUUAUAUUACCCUGGGACCAUUUUUCAUUGUUUAUGUCUCUAAAAAGGGCGUUGUUCAUCUUUAUGCCCCCGAAGGGAGGCAUAUAGUUUUUGAACCGUCUGUCGGUCUGUCCGCAGUUUUCGUGUCCGGUCCAUAUCUUUGUCAUUCAUGGAUGGAUUUUCAAAUAACUUAGCAUGAAUAUGAACCACAGUAAGACGACGUGUCGCCCGCAAGACCCAGGUCCGUAGCUCAAAGGUCAAGGUCACACUUAGACGUUAAAGGUCAUUUUUCAUGAUAGUGCAUUGAUGGGCGUGUCCGGUCCAUAUCUUUGUCAUUCAUGCAUGGAUUUUAAAAUUAUUGGGCAUGAAUGUGAACCAAAGUAAGACGACGUGUCGCGCGCAACCCCUGGUCCGUAGCUCAAAGGUCAAGGUCACACUUAGACGUUAAAGGUCAUAUUUCAUGAUAGUGCAUUGAUGGGUGUGUCCGGUCCAUAUCUUUGUCAUUCAUGCAUGGAUUUUAAAAUAACUAAGCAUGAAUGUGUGGCACAGUAAGACGACGUGUCAUGCGCAAGACCCAGGUCCAUAGGUCAAAGGUCCUAAACUCUAACAUCGACCAUAACUAUUCAUUCAAAGUGCCAUCGGGGGCAUGUGUCAUCCUAUGGAGACAGCUCUUGUUCUUCCUGUUUUUAGUACAGCCUAAAUGUUAUAUGAGUUUAUUAACCUGCUCAAUCAUUGUUUAGAAUUACUGGUAGAUGUGGUACUCUUUAUUUAAGAAAUAAUUUAUAGCAAAAGAGUGCUUUAACACUAUUUAUGCAUGGUGGGUGGUUAUACGUCGGGCGUAAUAAUUUCACGCGGGCGCAGCCCAUGUGAAAUUAUUUGUACAAUGUAUUACCGCACGAGUGUGUAAAUAGUGUUAAAACACGGUUUUGCUAUGAAUUAUUUUGAUUCUAAUAUGUCCUUAAUCUAAAACAGUAUAUAAAAUAUAUCAGCGCUCUUUCUUGGUCGCAACAAUAACAUUGACGUCAUCGCACUUUAACGUGACGUCGUUCUAGCGUGAGAGUGUUUUAAAAGCAUAUUAGAAUAGUUGAUAAAGUCUGACAUAUUUAACAAUUAAUAACCUUCAGUUCCUACAUGUUCAGUUUUUACUAUUCUUCCAUCAUUUAAUCAACAUCAGUAUUGAAUAUUUCAAGUAGACAUAUUCAACUUUAUUAUUACUAGUCCCUUCAUACUGACACUGUGAUUGUGUUUUAAUUGCAAAAAUAUCAAUAGAUAUAUAUCUUUAGACAGGAUUUGGUUUUUAAGCACAUUCUUUUAUACUUGUACAAAUGUAUUGAUAAAUUUCGGCACUAAAGUUAAGUCUUUGCAUGAACUUUUCAUGCCUGGGUAUAGAGGACCAUCCACCCCACCUGUCCCAUAAAAGAAACUCACAGAUUAAGAUGUAAUUUUACAAACUUGUUUGGAAAAGACCUCCAUCCUCAGAUCAUUAGAUAUUAGACAUAUCAAUAUGAUUUGCUUAAAAACAAACUCAUUUGUUAAAGUAUAAUUAUGUAACUAUUGGUAUAUUUUUCAUUUAAAACAUUCUUUUGGGUUAUAUAUUUUGCAUGUGUUCCUUUUAUAAAAUUGUUACUUUUGAUUGUUUAUUUAUAGUAACUCUACAUACUGGUAUAUAAAAACUUUACAAGUGGUUGUGAUAGAAUUUCUUUCUGUUCUUUUGUUUCCAAUAAAAAAAUUCUUCUGAA